GACUGAGGCCUCGAGCAGGCCUGCCGGAGCAGCAGCCCGAUUCAACACUUCUGCUUUUACACGUUAACCCGUCAACAGUUUAAUUUCUGUCCAAAAUCAACUGGUUUCUUGCGCGUUAUAAGCGAGAUCGUGUUUCGAAUUUAAACGAGCCUUAAGCGCCUCUUUUUGAAACGAACAAUACUAGUGUUUUUCUUCACCGUGUGGAAUCUGCCGAUGUCAACUGCGCGCUGAAGUAGCAUGCGUGCUACUUCCUUGUUAGUGAGUCGGUGUGAGAGGGCGACAAGAAGUUUCAACCCCGCAUAAGUAUGUGUGGAUUUAGCUAACAUUUUCGACGGGAUCCUCCGUUCACUAACCUGCCAGGGAGCGAAAAACAAGCCGCUUUUAACGCGUCACCGGUCGGACGGCGCCAACCAGGGCAUGGAAGCGGAUUUGACGGCUGUUUUGCGACUGAUCUGCUAAGUUAGCACUGGCUGGCUAACACAAUCUUUUCAUCAUACGCGCGGAACUGGAUUAUAAAUCGAGGAUUUUAUGGACAUACCCGAGCCUUACUGUGGAUUUACCCCGUCGGUGAUGGUCAUACGCGAGGACGGAUUCGCUGCGAUCGCUCGCUGUGUAAACACACAGACGUUAGCCGUGCUGUGAUAGCGCUUAAAGUGGGUUUCAAAUGUUUUGCUUUGUUUGCCGGGGACUGAAACACGAGCACUUCGGAGUGAGAAAAGUGGGAUAUUAAAUGCCGAACCCGGAGAUCAUCGGCCGCGAGGGCCGAGGGAGAAGCCCGCCGCCGCAGAGGAGCCAGCGCGAGGCGAGACGGAGCAAGAGCCGCCGGGAGAGGCACCGGGACGGGAAGGGGCGAUCCGCGUCCUCCUCGUCCCGGAGGAAGAGACACAAGCACGGCCGGGAGAAGCAGCAGCAGCAGCAGCAGCAGCAACAACAACAACAGCAGUCGUGGCAGCAGCAGGACGCGCUUUACGACGGGGACGUGGGGACUUUAGUGGUGUACGACGACGUGAGCUCGCAGUCCGAGCGCUUCUCCGGCAGCCCGUCGCCCAGAACCGACACGCUGUCGGUGGACCGGCUGAGCGAAGCCGAGCUCCAGGACUACAGUUACGAAGCGCCGGCCAGGAGAGAGCACAACUCCUCUUCGCGCAGGAGAGACGGACCCGCGGAGAAAAGCCGCUCCGAAAAGAGUACUAAACGGAACCGGUCCGGUCGCGAGCAGGACGCGGCGUUCAAAUCGCGCAGCGGCGUCAGAAAUCACGACAGCAACGGCAGAAAGCCGUCGUCCGCUUCCCAAGCGGACAAAAAGGAGUCUAAGCGACACAAAAGCAAGCCCAAGCCCGAGAAGGACACUCCUUCUGCCUAUAGGGAACCGCCACAGGCGUACAGGGACGACCGGGAGGAGCUCAGGGCCUACCGGAGGAGCAGUCCCAGCUUCAAGACGGCGGCGGCGGAGAACGCGAGUCCUUACGGGACGUCUUAUUCCUAUGGAUACCAGUCUCCCACCGCAAACUACCCGGUUAUUCCUUGGAGGAGCCCUAGGAAACAGUCUCCCAGCUCGACCUACUAUCGGGACCCGGAGAUGUACGCUGCCUAUAACGCGUUGAACUCGAGCAGUAAGCGGAAGCGCUCGCCGUCCAGCCCGUACUGGCGCCGGUCACCGAGCUACGGCCGCCACAGCCCCUACGAGCAGGGCGAGUUCACCGGCAGCCCGUACGGCCAGCGCAGGCGCUCCCGGAGCCCCACGCCGGACACCAGGCGGCCGGUGAAGUCUGGCAGCAGGAGCCCGUAUCCGUCAGCCCGUCACUCCCGCUCCCGCUCUCGGCACCGUGUGUCCCGCUCCCGCAGUCGUCCCUCCAGCCUGUCGCCCAGCUCUCUGACCCUGAAGAGCAGCCUGGCCGCGGAGCUCAGCAAGCAGAAGAAGGCCAAAGCGGCAGAAGCGGCCCGCGCCAAAAACAGCUCCAGCAACGCCUCCACCCCCACCAAGGGCUCGUCCUCAUCCUCCACCGCUCCGCAGCCCAGCCCCAUCACCAACCACGCAGCCAAGAAGACCAGACCUCCAUCUCCACCUCCACCCGAAAAAGGGCCCCGGACUCCAGUGUGCAGCCAGCCGCAGUCCCCGGUGGAGCGACCUGUGAAGAGGAGCGCAGACGUCCCGAUGGCCGGCAGAGACGCUAAACUGAAGGAGGAGAAGAAGAAACAGGCCGUAAAGGAUAAGGAGAAGGCUGUCGCUCCGGUUGUAGCCACGCACACACCCGCAGCCAACAACAUGGAGCAUCUGGAGGCAAACGACAGUGUCAGCAGUUUGAAGGAGUCUUCAGCAGGGAAGAAGAGUUAUAAACCGGAGAGGAAAGUUCGAGCGCUGCUGUCAGAUCUUCCUCUUCCUCCAGAGCUGCCGGGGGUCACGCCUGCAUCUCCGCUCAGUCCGCCGGAUGACAAGAAGACGCCCGCUCCACGCCGCAGACCCAAAAUCUGCGGUCCACGCUUCGGGGAGAUCAAGGAGACGGAGAUCGACUGGGGGAAACGCUGUGUCGACAAGUUUGAGAUCAUUGGCAUCACUGGAGAGGGUACUUACGGCCAGGUUUACAAGGCAAAAGACAAAGACACUGCUGAGUUAGUGGCCCUAAAGAAGGUGCGUCUGGACAAUGAGAAGGAGGGUUUCCCCAUCACCGCCAUCCGGGAGAUCAAGAUCCUGCGGCAGCUCAACCACAAGAGCAUCAUCAACAUGAAGGAGAUUGUCACCGACAAGGAGGACGCUUUAGACUUUAAGAACGACAAAGGUGCGUUUUACCUGGUGUUCGAGUACAUGGACCACGACCUGAUGGGCCUGCUGGAGUCGGGCCUGGUGCACUUCAACGAGAGCCACAUCAAGUCCUUCAUGCGGCAGCUGCUGGAGGGCCUGGACUACUGCCACAAGAAGAACUUCCUGCACAGAGACAUCAAGUGCUCCAACAUCCUGCUUAACAACAAGGGUCAGAUCAAGCUGGCAGACUUUGGACUGGCUCGCCUGUAUAACUCUGAGGAGAGUCGACCCUACACCAAUAAGGUGAUCACACUGUGGUACCGGCCGCCAGAGCUGCUGCUGGGAGAAGAGCGAUACACACCGGCCAUCGACGUCUGGAGCUGCGGGUGCAUUCUGGGAGAGCUUUUCACAAAGAAGCCCAUCUUCCAGGCUAAUCAGGAGCUAGCGCAGCUGGAGCUCAUAAGUCGUAUCUGCGGCAGCCCCUGCCCCGCCGUGUGGCCGGACGUCAUCAAACUGCCCUACUUCAACACCAUGAAACCAAAGAAACAGUACCGGCGGCGGCUGCGGGAGGAGUUCGCUUUUAUUCCUCUGAUGGCUCUGGAUUUGUUCGAUCACAUGCUGGCUCUGGACCCUAGUAAACGCUGCACUGCAGAACAGGCCCUGAACAGCGACUUCCUCCGAGACGUGGAUCCCGCCAAGAUGCCUCCACCCGAUCUCCCUCUGUGGCAGGACUGUCACGAGCUUUGGAGUAAGAAGCGGCGACGGCAGAAGCAGAUGCCGGAGGAGCUGACGGCCCCUAAAGCCCCUCGCAAAGAGCUGGGUCUGGAUGACAGUCGCAGCAACACACCGCAGGGAUUCAGCACCGCUGCGGGAGGACACAAAACACAGGGCAGCACAAACACUGCAGGCCUACUGGACCCCAAAUCAGCCAACUCUCAGCUGACUCAGGAUCAGCUGGCCGUGUUGCUGAAUCUGCUGCAGUCUAAGAGCUCUGCGGUGGGCGGAUCCGCUCAGUUUAUGCAGACCAUGAGCUCCAAGAUGAACCCGGAGACGCUGCAGCAGCUGACCAAAGCCCUGCCGUGCGGCUUACCGGAGUCCGAGCGUCCCCCAGAGCCGCCUGUGCUCCCCAAAACCUCUAAACCCCCUCCGCCGGCUGCGUCAGGGCCCGGAGCGCCCCGUACUCCACCCAUGCCCAAACCCCCGUCUCCACCCGGCCCGCAGCAGGCUGACGGAGAAAGCUCGGCCUCCGCCACGCAGACCGCCGUCACCAUGCUGCUGGCUCAGCUGCUGAACGUCCAGCAGGGGGCGCCAGGGGACGGGAUGGGCUUUGAUGGAGCAGACGGAGGCGUCCCCAAUACAGCGGCGCCACUGGAGAUCAAACCGCCGCCAGAGCCCAGCCCUGUGUCUCCAGUGGCAGAAGGCGGCGUCUCGUCCUCCAGGACUCUAGACUCCCUCUCCAUUCUCCCACCGGACCAGAGACCUCCAGAACCCCCAGAACCUCCACCCUGCGCUGACCUGGACUACCGGCACGCCCCUGAGAGCCAGCCGGCAGAACCUCCUCGACCCCCGGAGCCGGAAUAUCCUCCAGACGGAUCGGGAUACGGGGCAGAUUUCAUCCGGCCGCCGCCACCGUUCCCGCACGCCGGGUUUUCGGACAGCUACCUCGGCCACAUGAUGGGGGCCGGCCUGCCUCCGCACGCACCGCUGGGGCCCGAAGCCUUUGCUCACGGAGCCGCAGGAGCCAGCAUGGUGUUUAGCGGAGACCAGGACCAUCGAUUUGAGUACAAUCACGGACCACCGCCGCCGCCGGGGCAGCCCUGGACUUCCCCGUCACAAUCGAUUGGGUACGCGGCGGCGCUGCGGGGUCGAGGACUGCCUUUUUGAUGCCCCGCGGAGAGUAAACUGACUAACCCUGAACGCCUCAGAGAAAAGGAAGACUCUAAAAGACACACGCAGUCGCCCUCAAACCAGCACUAAACCCGUUUGUAAUAUUUCUAAAACUGGAGGGACUGACGGACGGACGGAUGGGGAGUUGUUUUGGAUUUCCCGCUCGCGCCAUUUCAUAGAUCCGUUUAGUUUUGUUUUGUUCCUGCGAUCGGUGGACUUUGUUUUGUAAUCUAUAUUCCACUGCUGUCUUUUAAAUUAAAACUGUACCUUUCUUUUUUUGGGGGAGUUCAUUUACCGUGGGGGAAGUGUUUUUACGAGGACAGACCUCUAGUAUUACGAUGUUUUGCACUACUGAACAAAGUAGGCGGAAACGAGCGAAGGUGUGAACGGGAGUACUGUGCUGUAUCUGCACACAUAAAUGACCAGUAAUGUAAGGUGUUUUAUUUUUGCUCAGUUUCUUUAGUUUUCUUGAUGAUUUUGGACCGUUCUGGGCUCCGUCCGAAGGUUUCGGAGAGUCCAGGGAGACUGGCAGCACUUGUGUGAUCUGGUGAAUCUACUGAACGGAUCAGCGCUGUGUUUUCUCACCAGCUCUUGUCUAUAGCCAUUGUAAAAUUGAUAGUUAAAGAGACAUUUAACCCUGUUUUAUUUUGGAGGAGAUGAGCAACAAUGCUUUCUUUUGUUUUUGUUUUGUAUGAAGAUGUUUUGUCCCCCUCUUUUGGCAGACGUUUAUUAAAGAAAUGCCAACAAUGGAA